AUGCCCAUGGACGCCGAGAGCGCCGCAGAGACUGUGGUCAUGAGGGACGGCGGCAUUCUCGAAGAUCGGCCCAGGAGCGUGUCCAACGAGGGCGGAGGGUUGUACACGCAGAAGACGGGCCUUCAGCCCGGGGAGCGCCGUGCAAAGCAGCGAGGGUGGAUCCUUGAGGAGCCUGUAGCCCGGGAGUCCUUAAAUGGGCAGAUGGACGUUGACGGCAGCACGACGAUGCCCGCGGACGCCGAGAGCGCCGCAGAGACUGCGGUCAUGAGUGACGGCGGCAUUCUCGAAGAUCGGCCCAGGAGCCUGUCCAACGAGGGCGGAAGGCGUAUCUCGCAGCUUCAGAAGGGGCGAACCUUCAGCUCGGGAGUCACAGCAGGGCAGAAGCCAACUGGGAAGCAAAUCUACAAGGUGCUGUGGCACGCUGAAAGAACGAAGUUUUUGCCGGAGACGGUCGGCAUCGACUCUGUCGACAGCCAGACACGGGCAGGAGCGUACUGCGACGCAACUUGCGUCGGAGCAAGCGCCAUAUCUGUCUCCGUGCCGAUGGACUCGCCCGUGCGGGCAGACUUCUUCUCAGGCGGUCUGGUGGCGCAGGGCUGCUGCGCAGUACCGCAGUGCACUGAAGGUAAUCAGCUGCGGGCUCCCAUGCGCAACGAAGACGUGAUCUGUUCACCGUGCCGGCAUGCAGCCAUAGCAGGCGCAGGUCACGGCGCGGCGGGUGGCACCGUGUGCGCGGCGCGGCAGGUGCCGCGGCGGGUCGCGGGGCGAGUCGCACAGAUGGUCGCGGUGCAGGUCGCAGGGGGGCUGAGGGCGCAGUCAUGGAUGCUGUUAUUGAUUCCGAAGGUGGGCACCGGCGCAACGGCCAAGGUAGGGGACUUGAUUGCCGUUGAUUACAAGGACACCAAGGGCACGUCUCGCGACUACCGGUUUGGUAUCGGACAAAUGCUCCCUGGCAUGGACGAGGGCAUCAGAGGGAUGAGGACGGGUGGCGUGAGGAAGUUGCAGAUUCCAGGCAAGUUGGCAUUCGGCGAUAAGGGCAUCCCAGCUGCGCUCGGCCGUCCAGCCGUCCCCGCGAUGACUCCGGUGGAAGUCGAGGUCACGUUGAACUUCAUCCCGGGCAGGGACGAGGUCUACGAGUACGGAGAGGAAGGGGGCAGCUUCGGCGACAAGUUCUGA